AUGGAUUCAAGGAAUCUAUUGAAUCCAUAUGGUCAGUCCCCUAGUUUAGUUGGCCUCCUGAAUAGUCAGAACUUUCCUUAUGAAAGUUAUCAAUCGGGUGUCCACUUUGGAGAGUCACAACAGUCUGAUAUCCCUCCUUUUAGUUCACAAGAAACCGCGACACCAUUGGCCUCUAAGGACAGAAAGAAGUGGACACCAGCUGAUGACGAGGUUAUCAUCAGCGCUUGGAUAAACACGUCUAAGGAUUCGGUGGUAGGAAAUUCACAGAAGUUAGGGACCUUCUGGUCCCGAGUAGGUGAAUAUUAUGCUGCAUCUCCACAUGCAAAACAGAGUGGUGACCGAAGAGAGCAUCUGAAUAUAAAACAGAGGUGGCACAAAAUAAACGAUUUCACCAACAAGUUCUGUGCUGCAUAUGCAGCAGCAGAGAGACAGAUCAGCUCUGGUCAGAGUGAUCACGAUGUUCUCAAGAUGGCGCACGAGAUCUACUUCGCUGAUCACAAGAAGAAAUUUACUCUUGAGCAUGCGUGGUGUAUUCUGCGGUUUGAACAGAAGUGGCUAAGUCUGAACACUCCUAAACCGACUGGUUCUUCAAAGCGAAAAGAAUGUGACACCCCGAGCCAAAGUACAAACACCACUGCUGCUGAUGAUGAGGUCCGGCCUGAAGGUGUAAAGGCGGCUAAGGCUAAAAGGAACACUGAAAAAGGAAAGUCAGUGGCUGAUUAUGCGACCAUCAUGGAGAUGAAGAGGGAAGAUUGGGAGAUGAAGAAGGAUGAUUUGGACAGGAAGGAGAGACUGUCUAAGCUAGCUAUUCUAGACACUCUUUUAGCCAAAAAAGAACCACUGAAAGAGGCUGAAGAAGUUGUAAAGAAUAACUUACUAAAGCUGUUGUACUGA